AUGGCAAGCACGCCGGUGAGAAAGCCCCACACAAACACCUCCGAUCUACUCACUUGGUCCGAAGUUCCUCCUCCGUCUGACUCCUCCACCUCCGUCUCCGCCGCCCGCUCUCGUCAGCCUUCUGAUAGAAUUAGCAAGGUUCUCAAUAGCGACCAGCUCUCCGAAGAAGAAGCUCUCACUCUCUCCAAAAGCAAGCCAUGUUCAGGGUAUAAAAUGAAAGAGAUGAGUGGAAAUGGUAUAUUUUCGGACAAUGCUGAAGAUUCUGCAUCCGAGCCUGGUUCUGUCAAUUCAAAUAACAGAACUAGCAUACGCAUAUAUCAGCAAGCAAUAAAUGGAGUAAGUCAGAUAUCGUUCAGCACCAACGAAAGUGUUAGCCCUAAGAGGCCUACCUCUCUACCUGAGGUAGCAAAGCAGCGUGAACUGAGCGGUACCUUGCAAACUGACUUAGACGCAAAGACUCAGAAGCAAACAUCAAAUGCCAAAACAAAGGAGCUCACUGGAAAUGAUAUAUUUGGCCCUCCUCCUGAAAUUGUGCCCCGUUCCAUGGCAGCUGCGCGGACUUUAGAAUCAAAGGAUAGUAUGGAUAUGGGAGAACCUCUUCCUAGAAAUCUGCGAACAUCGGUGAAAGUUUCUAAUCCUGCAGGUGGGCAAAGUAAUAUUUUAUUUGGCGAAUCACCAGUUGAGAAGACAUCGAAGAAGAUACACGACCAGAAGUUUGCAGAGCUAUCAGGAAAUAAUAUUUUCCAUGGAGAUGUUCCUGCAGGAUCAGCAGAAAAAUCACUGAGCAGAGCAAAGCUGAGAGAAAUAACUGGUAGUGACAUAUUUGCUGACGGAAAGCCAGAAAUCAAAGAACCUGUUAAAGGAGCCCGCAAACCCCCUGGUGGAGACAGCAGCAUUGCCUUACUUUAA